GGGUCAGAGGUCAUGGACGGGGCCGCCCUGGAGGGCCCCCUCUUCGUGCAGAGCCAGAGUCACCGCUUCGGGGCCAAGAGGUGGAAGAAGACGUGGUCCGUCCUGUACCCGCCCAGCCAGCACGGCGUGGCCCGCCUGGAGUUCUUCGACGGCAAGGAGCCCAGCGGGGCGGAGCGGCUGGGGUCCCGGCGCCUGGACCGCAAGGUCAUCCGGCUGUCCGACUGCGUCAGCGUCGCCCCCGUCUCCCUGGACAGCGUGCCCCGGCCCGGGACCGCGGCCUUCCGCCUGGACACCGCCCAACGCUCCUACCUCUUCGCCGCCGAGUGCGAGGCCAGCGCCGCCUGGGUCCGGACGCUCUGCCACAUCGCUUUCCCGAAGGACGGCCCGAUCCCCGGCUCCGCGGACGGCGGUCCGGGCCCGGCGCCCGCCCUGGAGAUGCUGGAGAAUUCCCUGUACUGCUCCAGGGAAGAAGCGUCCGAGUUCUGGGUGACCGUGCAGAGGACGGAGGCGGCCGAGCGGUGCGGGCUCCGGGGCCCCUACCUGCUGCGGGCGGAGGAGCGGGGGCUGAGCCUGGCCGAGCCCCGGGCCCAGGAGCCCCUCUUCACCUGGCCCUACACGCUGCUGAGGCGCUACGGCCGCGACCGGGUGAUGUUCUCCUUCGAGGCGGGCCGCCGCUGCUCCUCCGGCCCCGGGAACUUCACGUUCGAGACGAAGCAGGGCGACCGGAUCUUCCAGGCCGUGGAGUCGGCCAUCCGCCGCCAGAGGCCCGGGCCGGGGGGCCGCCACAGUGCCAGCUCCCUGGAGGGCGAGGAGCCCCCCGACCACCCCCCGCCCGGCGGGGCGGGCGAGCCCACCGGCCUGUACGCCCAGCCCCUGGACGCGCUGCGGGCGCUGCCCGCCCCGCCCCAGGACCCCCUGUACUCGGACCCCGUGGACAGCCGGGCGCGGGGCCGGGCGGGGGGCCGGCGGAAGGACCCCCGGCCCUUCCGGGGCCUGUACGAGCACGUGCGGCAGCAGCUCCUGGACACGACGCUGGGCGGGCCGGCCGAGCCCGUCUACACCGAGCCCGCGCCCCCCGCCCUCUACGCCGAGGCCCAGGGCCCCCGCGAGGCCUGGCGCUGCCAGGCCCGGCCGCAGGACGCCGGCUACGAGUUCCCCUACGACCCCGCCACCGACGACUACGCCGUGCCGCCCUUCCCCGCCUCGGCUCCCCGUGGCCCCAAGCCCCUCCCCGCCCCCAAGCCCCGGCAGCAACGGCGCCGGGCCGCGGGCCGGCGGGGCUCGGGCCCCGUACGAGGACCUCGGGGAGAUCUGAGGGGCGGCCGAGAGGAGCCCGUGGUGGCGGCGGCGGUGUGGGGGGCCGGUCCCGCGAGGAAAUUAAAUUUUCUAACCCUGCGCCGGGGUGACCCGUGUCGGAGCCUGGGACACCGGCGAGGGGGCGGAGGCGUCGCGGCGGGCGCCGUUUGGGGGACGGGAAUUCCAGGGGGGAUUUCCGGGCGGUCCCGGGUCCGCUCCCCAUCCGGGGAUGCCUCCCCGGGAAGCCCCGCGGCCCAGCCGGGGGCCGGGAUCGCCCCCCUCGCGCCCACCGCCGAGCUCGUCGGCCCUCGGGACGCCGAGAAAGACCCCUUAGUGAACCCAGAGGCGUCGAAAUCAGUCACCCCACGACUAACCAACGCCCAGGGCCAUUCCCCGUCCUUCCGGGUCGCCCCUGAGGAGCGGGAGAGAGCCGGGGGAUCUGGCGGAAGAAAGAAAAUAGGAAAGCCGAGGCCCGCCAUCUUUAGAAAUCCCGGAAAAAGCCGACGCCAAGUUGGCCGGCGUGGUCCGCGGAGGGGGAAGGCCCGGGAGGAGGAGUCGGGGCCGGUCGCCGCCGUUGUCGGACCCUCCUGCCGCUCUGAGAUCGCCAGGGUGGGGGUCGGGGCCGCUUUCGGGGGGCCGCGAGCGGAGCGGGUCACGGCCGCUACACGCGUCUGGGCACCCUGA